ACCACAAUAUGAUCAUAAACACAAAUAGAGAGAGUAUUCAUAGAACUCUUGUUUUCGCAAAAAACCGCGAGUAUAGAGAGGAAUUGUUUUAUCCUGGAGACGACCGAUUGAUAGUCUGUCGUGCGCAUUAAGGGCAGUGCCGCGAACUUCUUAAAGAAAGCGAUCUAGUCUGUGACUCAGCUCCAGAUUCGGUAACCUCGUUCUUAUUGUUGUUCCGUUCCUAACAAUUUUAAGACGUUCGGUUGCUGCUAUGUCGACUGAAUAGAACAACAUACCUGGAUCUGGUGUUGUUGAUAUCAAUCGACCCUUCCACUUCGUUGGAGUCAACUUCUGUCGUUGGACGACCAAGAAGUUGGCAUGCUGCCUCACCAGCAUGCCCGUCGAGCUGCCGGAAGAAGCGACCGAUGAGGAGAGGGCUGCUUCUUCUAAGGAAAGGGAACAUGACAUCCUAUGCAAGAACUACAUCCUCAACGGCCUGGAAGACGAUUUCUACGACUGCUAUGCGGACAACAAGAAUACCGCAAUGAUGAUCUGGGAUGCGCUCCAAAUGAAGUAUGACACGGACAAGGUUAUAGCUAAGAAGUAUAUAUACUGUCAGCCGCUACCUAUGCUACUAGAUGGUGGAUGACAAGUCCGUCGAAGUUCAAUCCCACGAACUUCAGAAAAUAUCUCAUGAGAUCGUCUCUGAAGGUAUGCCUCUGGACGAUCAGUUUCAAGUUGCUUUCAUUAUUGAUAAGCUGCCCCCUUCGUGGAAAGAUUUUAAGAAAAUGCUUACACAUAAAACUAAAGAAUUUUCAUUGGAAAGCUUGAUUACUCGUCUAAGGAUUGAGGAAGACUCCCGCAAGCAGGAUAUGAAAGAAGAGGUGAUGGUCGUCACUGCUAAACGACCCACCCAUAGAGCUCUUAAACCUAACCAUAAAGGUUUCAAGAGUAAGAACCAGCAGGUCCGUCCCCACCAGAAUGGUGCCUCUCGAGGUUACCAGAGAGUCAUGGCCCAAACCUCUAAGAAUGACCCACCGUUUAUAUGCUAUAACUGCGGUAAACCGGGUCAGGGUUAACUUGACAGAAGAGGAUUUGGUAGCCAUGAUCACGGAUAUGAUCGCUGAAGUCAACCUCACCGGUGACUCAGAAGGAUGGUGGCUGGAUACAGGUGCAUCGAAGCAUGUAUGCAAUAAUUGUGCUAUGUUUAA